AAAAGAAAAAGGUCAGACUUUAAUCACGUUGCGGUAACCAAAUAUCCAGCUUUUUAUUAAAAAAAUAAAGUACUGAUUUUUCUUCCCUAACUCUUUUUACGUUUCUAAUCUAUUUUUUAAAUCCUCUCUAUCCUACUAUAUGCCAAUUCCAACGAGUAGUCGGCAUUUCUUCCUACGAAAGUAACAUGUGUUUUUGGUGCAUUCGCUUCCGUCCCCUAAGCAGUGACUACAAAAAUUACAACGGUUUUCGAGCAGACGCGCUCCAAUUGAUGCUUCGCUUCUCAAAUGAGAACGCCGGAAUGGUGUUUUUGGUGGAUUCGCUUCCUUUCCUUAAGGAGCAAGUAUAAACAUUACCACGGUUUUCGAGCAGACGCGCUUUAAUUAAUGCUUUGCGUCUCAAGUGCCUGAAUUCAACAUCACAGCAGCUUCUUCGAGUGACGAUUGGUCUUCAUAUAUUUUUUCCCAUUUCAACCUAUCUUUUUCUCUAGUUUGAUAAUUUGAUUUGACUGUAAUCGACUCUCAGCUUUCCCGAACUCUAUUCCCCGUAAAUCGAAAAAACCCACUUAAAAAAUGUCGGUAAAAGGAAAUUUCCAAGACUAAGAGAACAUCAGAAGGAGAAGCUGAAGAGAUGGGUAAUUGGGAAGUUUUUCUCGAGCUCUUAGCAAAUGUCUUCACUGUUCUCUGUUGGCCUUCGUUCACUUUAAUUUAUCCCGUGUACGUAGUUUUCAUCUUAACUUUCUCAUUACAUUUUGAUGUAUGUUUCAAUUCGGAUAUUAGAGACUAAUUCUUGCUUCAGAAAUCAGCAAUGUCUGACAUACUGGGUUCUGUUUGCUUUGAUUGCAAUGGUGGAGCUGACGCUUGGGAAGGUUUUGAAGUGGUUUCCUUUCUGGCCUUAUGCAAAGGGUGUUGCUACCAUACUGCUGGUCACACCCUACUUUGGCGGUGCUUCGUAUGUCUUCAAGCAUUUAAUCAGGCCUUAUUAUAUAGAGAAAUUAUGGAAUUUCCUGCUCUUGCCAAAGACGAAGGGCGUUGUAUCGGAAGCACAGAAUGGCAUCGUUUAUAAUGCUGAUACAAACAGACUCAAGAAUGGGCCAAAAUUGGAGAAAGUUACCACUGGCCAGGGAAAUUUUGAUCUCAGUUCUGACAGUACAGAGGUGAAUCUUACUUGGUCAACCCAUCCAAAGAGAGUUCAAAGGGAAUGGAGCUGUGUACUUUGUCUGAUAAAUACUUCAAGUGAAAAAUGUUUAAAGAAACACCUUCGAGGGAAGAAACACAAGACCAAGGAGGAUGAACUCAGAUUAGAUGACCUGCCAUUCAGGGACACUUGUAAGUUAUCUUCAGUGCCAAAGAAAGCUGAGAGGGUUGUUUUUCUCAGAAACCUGAACAUUGAGGGAUGGAGUGACCUUUUAAAUCCUGUCACCAGGUCAAUUAGAUGGUGUAAAUGGCAGAAGCCAGAGAUAGGAUGCAUAAAAUUAAAUACAGAUGGAUCUGUAGAUCCUGAAAAUUCGGGUUUUGGUGGUUUGUUUCGUGAUUACAAGGGUGACCCUUUAUGUGCUUUUGUCUCUAAAGCUCCUCAAGAUGAUAUAUUCUUGGUUGAACUAUGGGCUAUAUGGAGGGGUCUUGUUCUUGCUUUAGGUUUAGGUAUUAAAGUAAUAUGGGUUGAAUCUGAUUCAAUGAGUGUUGUGAAAACCAUUAAUCGAGAGCAGCAGUAUGGUGCAAAGAGUAGUCGCUGUUUGAAGCAAAUCUGGAAACUUCUAACCAAGUUUGAGAAUCAUCGGGUUACUCACUCAUGGCGUGAGAGUAAUAAAGCAGCUGAUCAUCUUUCAAAGAUGGUUCUUAGGGAAAGUGAUGUAGUCUUGUGGCCUGUUGACUUUCCUGAUAGCCUUAACAACAUUAUCAAGGAUGAUGCGCUAGGGAAGAUUUACUUUAGACGUUAAAUUGUGACUCUGACUUUAUAACCAAAAGAAGUGGAAAAGAUGAUUGAGGCUGUUCAGCUGUGCUGUAGGGAUAGAAAUUAUAUAACACAUGGUGUUGCAAAUGAUCUCUCAAUUGGGUUUCGGUCUGCAUUUGGAUUAAAGGGUUUAAACCCUGUCGAGUUUCUAAACUUCAGGACCUUUACCAUGUGAGAUGACUGCCUGCUUCCAGGUUGCCUGUGGCAAGUUGUGAUCAAGAACCAAGAAAUCUUGAACAUUUCAAUCAUAGACGGUACGGUUCCUAUCUGAAUUAUUAUCACGUAAAUAACAGUUGGACCUAAGUUUUUUGGAUUCGACUAUUUUCUUUUUUUUUUUUUUUCAUGUAAUAAGACAGAUUCAAGUACUUCAAAAC